GAUGGAGCCUUCCCAGGUAAAAUGUAACAAAGUCCUGGUGAAAAUGUGAGGGAGCCGGCACCUAGCAACAAAUGUCUGUUACCUUAACUACCCACAGAUACUGUUCCUCAUUGCACUGCAGCUUGAAAUCACAGAUCUUAGACAAACUUUCCACGUGCUCAAGAUGAGUGAACUAAAAGACUGCCCGCUGCAGUUCCAUGACUUUAAACCAGUAGAUCACGUGAAGAUGUGUCCCCGCUAUGCAGCUGUGCUGUCACGCUCUGAGGAUGAUGGAAUCGGAAUCGAAGAACUAGAUACAUUACAACUGGAGCUGGAAACUCUCUUGAGCUCAGCGAGUCGGCGAUUGCGUAUUCUAGAGGCAGAAACACAGAUCCUCACAGACUGGCAGGAUAAGAAAGGAGAUAAGAGGUUGUUAAAAUUUGGGAAGGAACAUGAGCAUGGAACACCACAGAAACAUGGAAAACCCAAGAAACAGAAAAUCGAUGGAAAAGGCAGUCAUGGAACUGGACCUGGUCCUGGACGCCCCAAAUCAAAAAACCUACAGCCAAAAAUACAGGAGUAUGAAUUUACAGAUGAUCCCUUGGAUGUUCCCAGAAUUCCAAAGAAUGAUGCCCCCAACAGGUUCUGGGCAUCAGUGGAACCGUACUGUGCUGACAUCACCAAUGAGGAGAUCCGUGUCCUUGAGGACCUACUGAAACCCCCUGAAGAUGAGGCAGAGUAUUACAAGAUCCCCCCUCUGGGGAAGCAUUAUUCUCAGCGAUGGGCACAGGAGGACCUUCUAGAGGAGCAGAAGGAAGGUGCCCGUGCUGCAGCCGCUGCAGAGAAGAAGAAAGGCAUGCUCGGAGCUUUAGCUGAAUUCGACUCAAAAGAUGUGGAUGCUUUGCUGAAGAAAGACCAGCAUGAUCAGCCUGAAGAUGGAUCUCCUUUUGGGCCCCUCACUCAGAGAUUACUCCAAGCUUUGGUGGAGGAGAAUAUUAUUUCACCAAUGGAAGAUUCUCCCAUACCAGAGAUGACUGGGAAAGACGUUGGAACUGAAGGAGCAAGCACCUCCCCUCGAAGUCAAAAUAAGGCCUUCAGGAAUGAUCCACAAAAGCAAAUGAUCUAUACUUUAAAAGAAGAAAAUUUCGGUGUAGUGAACAAAGACCAGGUGAAUCUUGGAGAGUUUGUUCAAAGUCCUACCACUGGUUCAAUUGUCUUAACGGACUCCUUCUACACUGAUUAA